AUGCGCCUGCACUUCUUACUUUUCCUACUAUCAUUGUCGACAGGAGUCUUUCCGUCGGUCCCAUCGAUCACGGACCCGGUUCGGGCCAGUGCCGGUUUUCUUUUGGUCGUGAAUCACGCUACAGGAGAGAUAGAGGGUCGUCAACGUCAUCUACGGGAGGAGCCUGAGACACAGGCUAGAGGCCUCAAUGGGAUCGCUUAUAAGAUCCCUGGGAUGGUCAAUCGAAUGCGCCGGGGGCCAAACUUCUUUGAUUUGGAGAGUCUGCAUAUAAAAAAGGUGAAACCCGAUGAACUUUAUAUCUGGCUCAUCACGAACAGGUUCAACCGCAAGCUAGCCAGGGUGUACCGGUACUACGCAAAGAUCAAGAAAGAGGUGAAUGCUGAUGUCGACAAGAGAAUUGAUUGGUGGGGGUUAAAAAGGUUAGCCUCUUCGUAG